AGCUAUCAUUCUUUCUCAGGUGAGGAGGUUCCCUUGGGUCGAUCAUCCUCCAGUAGCAGGGAGCUUGAUGUUGAACCUGGACGAGUUGAUCCUUACACUGAAACUCCUAUUGGGGCUUUACAAGAUAUUGCAAUCAAGUGUGGUACCAAGGCGGAGUUCCGAUCAGGUUUGGUUUCAAGCACGGAACUGCAGUUCUCCGCUGAGGUCUUGUUUGCAGGAGAGAAAAUUGGUGAAGGAAAUGGCAGGACAAGAAGGGAAGCCCAGCGUCAGGCUGCUGAGGGAUCUCUCAUGAAUUUGGCCGAUAAGUAUCUGUCACGUCUCAAGCCUGAUUCCAGCUCUGUUCAUGGGGAGGGGAGCAGGUAUUCUAACGCAAAUGCCAAUGGUUAUGUUAAUGACGGUAGUUCUUUUGGGUAUCAGCCUUUCCUCAAGGAGGAGUCUCCUUCAUUUUCAAGUGCAUCAGAGCCACCCCGGGUUCUGGACCCAAGGCUGGUGGGCUCCAAGAAAUCAAUGGGUUCAGUCUCUCCACUUUCAGAAUUUGCUGACGAAAAAGCUCUUGGAAGUCUAAAAUCCACAUUUGGUCAAUUUUCUCAAAAACGUCAGGGUUCUCCAAGGGCAUUGCAAGGGAUGUCAAAUAAGAGAUUCAAGCCAGAGUAUCCCCGGGUUUUGCAGCGGAUGCCAUCUUCCGCUAGAUAUCCAAAGAAUGCUUCAUCUGUACCUUGAGAAGCCAGUACAUCCUUCUGUCCCUUAUUUCUGGCGUAGCUAAACAACUUGUAACAUACAUGGCACAUCUAGAAGCAAGCGCCUUGAUAUCCGUCUCCAGUUAAAUUGGCUCACUUCAGAGACCCCUUAAACACAUCGGCACCUCAUGGGAUCAAAUUGUAUUGACCUAAUUUCAAAAUUCUCUGGGAGAUAGGAGAGAACCAAGAUGUUUUUAUAUGGGUCAUCUGGGGAGUGUUGUAUCAGCUUUUUUGUGUCAAGAUGUUUAAAUCCCCUCGAGGCGGUGUUGCCAGGUAGAACCUGACUUCUCUUUUCUUGGAUGCUGCCAUCAGUGCGGUUGUUGUUGGGAGAUACUGGAAUUUAAUUUUUGCAAGUGUUGAUGUAUAAAGCAGAAAUUAUCAGAAUUUGAUGUUGAUCUCCAAGGUAGCUACUGGUUUUUCCCCAGAGUAUAUACUAACCCAUGGAAGGCUUCAUUGCAGCUCAACGGACUCUUACCCCCCGUCUUGUUUUUUUUUCCUCCUAUUUUUAGUGGCUCUUCACUGGUUAGAAGGUAUAGAGAUUGUGAAGUUGAAUUUGCACAGUUACGUAUUAUAUAUUGAGCUGGUGAAACAGUUUUUUCAUUUGACGUAAUUAAAUGCCUGGAAUUUUUUUGUAUUGCUUAGGCAUAUUUGUUUCAUCGAAAAAGAACACCUUUCACUUGGAAUUUCAUUA